GACUGCCUCCACCAGGAAUGCAGUUGUGUGUGUUCUGCUCUCUCCACAUACUGAAAACUCUCACCCAGGCUCAUCUGUCAGCUUCUCUGCCUGACACAAACUCACACAGGGACAUACAAACACACACACACACACGCUGAUCAGCCAUAUUGAUCAGUUCACAAAGCAAAACAGAAAAAGCCAAAAGCAGACGGCAGAGAAACGUGGGCAGGAGAGGCGAGGAAAACAGCAGAGAUUUUUAUUUUUUGAAAGUUUCUGCAGAAGUUUGAGGCAAACUUUGUCUGAAGCAGUUUUUGGUGACGGUCUCUUGUGGAUUAUAACCGUGGACUGUUUUUUUUAACUUUCAAAAUUUAACUUGAGCUCUUAACGAAGUUACAAAAAGUUUUCCUACUUAGGAUUUUAUUGAUUUUUGUUGUUGUCUUCUCUCUCGGAGAAGCUUAAUCUGUGUUCUUGUAGCUCAAGCUUCUUCCUAGUCAAGUUUUCUGACUUUUUUUACACAUUAUUUUGGCUUGUAUGGUAAAAAAAAUGUAAAACUAAGUCUUCAGAGCGGAUUUGGUGUAAAUACCGGUUGUAAUAAUGCCAGGAUGAUGUUGGAUCUGGAGCCACAGUGACGGCAGAGUGAUCUCUGCUGCAGAUGUUCAUUUGACACCUGACUGCUGAUCUCACCAUGGCCUCUCACUGCAUCACAUAAAAAAGGAGCACAAAGGUAAGAAGCACAAACACACAACCACACACACACAUUGUGUACCCUUGAUCGGGUCUUUCAGUAGUCUCUCUCUUUGACAUGUUUUAUCUCACCUGUAUCAGUUCACCUGUUGUUUGCAUGUUCCUUUUCAAAAACAUUGACGUCUGUGAGUCAGGACCAAAGAGACGAAACUGUGCUUGGGUCAUGUGGUUAGACAGAAUUAUACAGAGGAGUGUCGUCAGCAUAAAUAUGAUAAUUGAUGUAAUUUGAUUGAUGAGAGGAAAUAAAAAAGGCCCUGAGGAACACCAUAUUUAAAAUCAUGUGGUAAGAACUGAAUCAAGCUAAAGUCAGAGAGGGAUCUGUCUCUCAAAAAUCAUAAAUCUUGUUGCUGAAGCAUCAGUAUGAAUUUCAAUAUGAUUCAUGAAUGUUAAAAAACAGCAGCUUUAAGGUAAAAUAUAUGGAGUCCAUCCUAAAUGUAGGCCAAGUUUCAGAUGGGCCUGUUGGAGGAAUCACUGCAGGCGGCUCUGAACAGCUUGUUCAAAAAGUGUCAUGAGAAUUAGAGAUGGACAUGAGAUUUCCUGAAAUCAUGACAUCACCAAAGGGUGAAUUUCCUUCAUAGAGCACAGUGAAGCUGAUUUAAGAUUAACUCAAUGACGACAAUUAUCACAGACUAUCAUACACCGAAAACAGAGAGACACACUAACAUGACUGCAGACUUGACUUGGACUCGACCCUUAGAGACUUGAGGCCAGACUCAGACUCGAGCUUUGGGACUCAUAGGCGGUCUCUGUAUUUUAUAUUUGGUAAAGAAACAGCAUUAGAUAAUAAGAUAAUAAUAAUGAGAGAAACUUAAUUGAUCCCUUAAGGUAUAUUUAAUUGUCUGUAGUCUAAUGUCUGAAAGACGAAGGGAGACCAUGGUGCUGCUGAAGGAGGGGAGCUAAGGGUGACAGGGGUGCAUUCAGGGCUUAUUUAGGGGUGCCCAAGCCCUAAGCCCUUUUCUACACAAAAUCUGAUUUGAACUUUCUGCUAGUUUAAUGGCCGUAAUACACCUCUAACAUUAUUCUCUAUAUGCACAAACACUGUGGUAAACUCACAGAGCAUUUAAAACUGAAGUUUUCUGCUGACAUCUGAUGCUGCUACCAGCUAGUGAUGGGCACUGCAGUUCUUUUAGAUGUACUGAAUCACUAGAAUCAGUUCACUAAAAAGAUUUGUUCCUUUAAACAAAUCAUUUGUGAAAGACAUAACACUACUACCGGCAGCUCUGGAUUUUGUGCUUCAGUUUGUUCUCGACGCUUUGACUUCAUCACAAAACUGUCUGAUAGUUUGAUCUCAAAAUCUUUCUUAAAGUUUAAAAAAGAUUUUCCUCUGUUCAUUUUUCAUCAUGCCUGGCCCCUGCACUCAUGAUUCCACUUUAUCAUCAAUGUCUGAGGUUUUACCUGCAGAAACACCUCCACCCUUCUAUCAGAGGUCCUCAGUCAGAGAGGAUCUCCACAGUCUCAUGUCUCAUCAGGACACAGUGGCUGAGCUCUGCUUUGUAUUUAGGCUGUGAGAAAAACAACUCUGGUAAACAUUUCCUGCCUGGAUCGUCCUUGAGUAAGAGUGAUAGUGAAUCCCCUCCAGCUGCAGUGGGCUGUUCUGUCACUGACAAUGACCUUUGACCUCUGUGUGCAGGGAUCGAUGCGUAUUGAUUAAACCCUGCGAACUCUGAGCUCACUGGUUUAUUUGACUGUCUGAACAAAUAAUAAGCCAGCCAUCGAUCUCCACACACACACACACACACGCACGCACGCACGCACGCACACACACACACGCACACACACACACAGAGCUGAUCAGAGUCCUGCAGCAUUGACGGGUUGUUAAGUAAAAGGCAAAGGAGUGGGAGAGGCAGUAAACUGUUAAACAGUUGCAAACUUCAGAUAUUUGAGCUCUUUAAACAUUGAAUUAUACUUUAAUUACACUUUAAAUUAUUUUUAUUUUGGAUGUUAAAGGAGCUGAAAUUCAGUCUCUGAUAUAAACAGGUCUGUGACUCCAUCUGACAACAUUUAGGUCUGAGUGUAUAUGAUUCAUUAGAAAACAAACCCUGUUGACUUGAUGGUUUGUCAUGCCUCGAUGGCAGCAGUAUCCUUAUAAACCUACAUUCAAGUCAAGUUAACCGUAAACUGAACAUUUUCAUUGGCCCUUAUGGCUGUUUUUCCUUUGGUAAUUUUUACAGACUCAGAAAAGCAGAGUGUGAGGUCCUCCUUACUUUUACUUCCCAAGCCAACCAUUGCUGAGGCUCACUAAUGCAUGAAAUUCUGUCGCUCUGUAUGUUUGAAGUGUUCUACUCAUCCACUAGAGGGUUCCAUUCAGGCCCCAAAUUAACUCCACAAAAAGAAAAAAGGAGCCAAAAUAAACAUGGUGAUGAUAUGGGAGAUAUUAAUAACUUAUUUGUUCAAAAGGAGACAAAAUCACGUCUGUGAGAUCAUGAAAUACUUCAAACAUCGAGAAGGAGAAUUUAGUUUAUUAAAGUUAGUUUUUCAUGCGAUCUGUGGUUCAAACUCUUGGUUUCACCGCUGACAUUAGAUGUUUAAAUCUUAGAAGAAGAGCAGAAAUAUAGAUGAAAUGAACACGGAGCACUAAAAGAGGAGCUCUGUCUGUACUCUGUGAGUGUUUUGAGAAUUAAGCAUAAAUGUCUGUUUUCUUCAGUUUGGUUGAUGCCUGUGGUUUGGCUCUUUUAGUGUUUUUUGAACAUCGUCUUAUCUCUGAUGAAAACUGGUCAGCUAUUAGCCACCAAUUGAAAGUUUGGUACAUCCAAAUCAAAAGAGAGAGGAAAUGAAUAUAUCGUACGGAGCUGACAUGUGCUGAGCUUAUAUUGAGGAUUGAUUUGAUAUGAUUUGUGUGAUAAGGAGUUUUCAGCUGUUAAGAAUUUAUUACUGCUGAUACAAAGAAGAUAUUAAGACUUUCACUGUCUUUAUAGCCAUUCAGGGUUAAUAUUAAAGAGACAUACAACCAUUUGUGCAUGACUAUUAGCACUUUAGAGUGCCCAGUAAACCCUGAUGAGUACCUGUGUACCCAAAGAGAAUCCACAUGUGCACAAGGUGCCCAUCCCACCCCACAGAGAAAGGAUUAGAUCUGCGCCAACACAGAACCCCGUAUUUUUUGUUAUAGCUGGUAAAAUUCAGAUUUCCUGCACAGUUUUGAGCAAAGCAGCUACACCUGUUUAGAUAUAUGUGUAUUCAGAGCUCUGAAGUACUGAACAAACCAAACUGGGAAUCAUCUCCAGGGAGAAACACACCAAAAUGAAAAAAGACAGAAAAGCUCUCAAGCCUCAGAUUGAGGUAUUAAUGUCUGCAGCCUGACAGAAUAUCUGUAAGCAUCCUCACAGUGAUUAUCUUUGAGUCGUUUGAUGUUGGCUGGUUGCUGAGGUGGUGGGAGUGUCUCUGCUCUACUCUCUGUGAAGUCUGAAUACUUCACAUUACAGCCCCGUCACUCCUGAACCGCCUGUCAGUCCAGUCUCACCUCAGCACUCACCUGGUCUCUACUGUCAGAGAGAAAAAUCAUUCUCCAGUUUUCACCAUGUUAACUGGAGGCAGGUGUAUUAGCCAACAUAUACUGUCUGUCUGUGAGAAACCUUUUACCUGUGUUUUCCAGUCAUAAACAGGUAAAAGUCCUGAACAGAAACAUCUUAAUUGGGAUAUAUAUUUAACUCAGCACUGUACCCAUGAGUCUGUAGAGGAGUGUGUUGUUAAUUUAUAAGGAAUCAAAACCAUUUUCAUUAACAAGAACAUGAAUCAGCACAUCUGAAACAAAUCUAAGAUUUGGGAAUUUCAGUGAAAAUAAAAAAAUAUUUAAAAAAGCAAAAAUACACAGAUAUAACAGAUUUAAAAAGACAGGUCCAUUUCUACACAUUUGAUGUAUGUUAUUAUUUAUUAACUUGAUCCUUAAAACAAAAGACUGAAAAAGAAAAAUCCUGAAAACAUGUUGUGCUCCUCUGCUGACUGGCUGCAGUGAUAUAGUUCCUCAAUCCGACCCCCUCCAUGUAAGCAGAUGGGUUAUAACUGAAUCAUGCAAUGAGGGAACCAUAUUUUACAUAACCUCUCUGCUUUGAGUCCACUUAAGAUGGUCGAGGCAAAGUGAAACACUGUCUUGUAUGACAACUCAAAGUCUGAUGAUCUUUUUGGAAUCAUAGACACUGCGUCCUCUUCUCUGAAGAGUAAAGGGUCCAUCUGCCUUGUUCUCAGCUCCCAGUUCAAAUCCAGCAUCCCUGAUGGUAUGGGGAUCAUCAAAGUCUAUGUCAUCGGUAUCUUUCACAUCUGUAAAGGCUCCAUUAAUGCUGAACAAUAUCUACAGCUUUAGGAGCAACAUCUGCUGCCAUCCAGACAAAGACUUUUUCAGAGAAGACCUUCAUAUUUCAGCAAGACAAUGACAAACCACAUUCUGACAACAGGAAUUACAACAGCAUGGCUCUGGAGGAGAAGAGUCCUGCUGAGAAACUGGACUGUCUGCAGUCCUGACUUGUCCCCCAUUGAAACAUUUGAAUCAUCAUGACACCAAACAAUACAAAAUUCCCAGUUUCAACCUUUGAUGUGUCCUUGCACCGUUCUCCAUCAGUUACAGACUUUCAAUUAUCUAAAAACCAUCUGAAUCUGUUUAAAUCAGCAUGAAGACAUAUUUGCAGUUGGGUGAGUACAAAUAAUCUAAAAUUAAACCAAAGUCUGUUUAAUAAAAGCUACAGUAUGGAUGAGAGUAUGACAUAACAGCUUCAUCUUUGGAGAACAGACUGUGUUUGUUGAGAGUCUGGCAUUGCAACAUCAGAACUUCUGACCAAAACCUCUGAGUAUGGACUGCAACUAUGUCUGAGCUUGACAUACCAAUGAGCUGUUUGCAUAAAUCAAAACCUUCCAUAAAUGAUCAGACAGGUCUGCAGCACCCAGAGCCACACCUCAUGACUCAGCCAGACGAACAAGACCUGCUCUGUUUUAAUCACACCCUGAUUAAUAUGUGUUUGUGAGUGUGUUUGAUUAUGUUGGUGUUGAUGGAAAGGAGACUGGUGUCAGUGUUAAUGGCUGUGUUAGCAAAUAAAAUGUUACGUUCAUUUCAUGUAAAAAGAUUUAGGAGAAAGAAAGUGUUUGACAAGAAACAGCUAUUAUUGGCUCUCUUUUGAUAAAUACUGUAUUAAUGAAAUGAACUACCUGAUAAUCUGGAGGCUCAUCAUUUAUUCAUUAGUCCUGUAAUCAUGGGAGUUUCUGAAACAGGAAGUCAUGUUUAUUGCAGGUGAAUGAUAUAUAAUUUUUUUUCCUUCAGUCAACACUUCUGGUGAAGUCCACACUGUAAAAAUGGCGAAUCGGUUAAAGCAGCCUGAGGGGCAGAGCCUGUCCUCCUUGUUUUCCUGCUGCUUUAACGGAAGUGACCAACCAGAGAUCACCCACAUCCACCAUGUCAACACUUCAGCAGUCCUGGAGUCCAUCCUGCCCAUGCCGCCCCCUCAGGAGCUGGACUCCAUGUUCUCCGAGCUGGUGGUGAGUACCAGACCAGAAUCAGAGGACCUAUAUUGAAAUGUGGACUGUGUCAAUAAUGGAUGCUGUCACAGUGAUGUCCCCCACUGGUUUGAGUGACUCUAGCAACAGGGAAAGAGGUGAGACAGAUGCUAAAAUGUAUGCCCAUUAACUACCAAGACAGAUGUGUCAUUUGUGAACUUCUCACUGAGUAAUCGUUAAUCUUUAAAGAAAAAAUGAAAUAUAGAAACAAGACAGUAUUUCAUUCUAGGCUGUAAACAGGUUUACCUAUGCUGUUCAGUGUAACGAGGGACCCAAUGAGGACUAACUCACUCCUGGGGCCCCCCUCCAGUGGUCACUCUUGGAACUGCAGUUUUUAUGCUUCUAUUUCACAUGUUAUUUUUUCUCACUGACAAGUCUUCACUUUCAUUAAAUACAUCCUUUCGAUAUCUUAUCACCCACCCUCUCUCUCCUCCCUUCUGUUUCAGGAUGAACUGGACCUGACGGAGGAGCACAGAGCCGCCAUGUUUGCUCUGCCUGCAGAGAAAAAAUGGCAGAUCUACUGUAGCAAGAAAAUGGUGAGAAACUACAGCAACAUAUCUUCAGGUCCCACAAGUUUUUAUUUUCUGGAUUACCUAUGUCACAUUAAAGCACCUAAUUCUAAUGCUAAUUCUUAAGCAAAAUUGGCCAGUGUCUUGUCAAGUAUAACCAUGUUCUGUGUUUUAUGUGUUUUCUUCAUUGACCCCAGCAUGGCUCUAUUCCUACACCAAAACUUUAUUUCCUGGCAAAAGUAGGCAUUACAACUUCCCUGAAGUUCAAAAACAAAGAUCAGAUCCAGGAGAGUGUUAAAGGCACAGUGUGUACAAGUGGAAAUAUGUAGUGACAUCAUGCUGUCAGAUUGUAGAGUCAAAUGCUCCCUUGCUCACCCCUCCCAUUAACAAUACUUAGGAAUACUGGAAUCCAUUUCUCCCAGUUCUGUUCAGCAAAAGGCUGCUAAAUUCUAGAGAUGGCACUUUUAAAGCUGCUGUGAGGAACUUCCUGCUCAUUUUUAUUUUGGUGCCCCCUGUGGACAAACAGAUACCUUGAUUAUGUAUUUGUUGUGUAAUCAUUUCCUAUUAUUAGUCCUUUUUUUAAAAAAAGUAUUAAAUGUCUUGUUUUCCUCUGUUUGUCAUAAAAAAGGCAUUUCUGUUGAUUUCAGUGUGUUUCAUAACCAUCAAAAAUUAAUUAUAGCAGCUUUAAACUUAAAAAUGACAUGGAUCUUAGAUUGAAUUGAUUUAGCCUUCAGGCUUGUUUGUUUAGUAUUUUUAUUUGUGUGAGUGUAUAACCAAACCCUGACUUGUGUGUGUUUUUGUGUAUUUGGUGCAUUAAAGGAGGCGGAGGAGAAUAAAGGAGCGACCAGGUGGCCAGAGUAUUACAUAGACCAGCUCAGGACCAUGGCUGCCGUGAGUACCUCUUUCUAACAUCAUCCUGAUGUCACUCUUUGUUCACACACAGAAACACAAAUAUUAAGAAAACUAAAAACUAAACAAGCAAACAAACACGCAAGCUCUCUGGGGCCUAUUCUACAAAGCAGGAUAACUGCUUAGCGAGGUAACUUCGAGGGUAAGUUCGGGAUUUCCUGUUCUACGACGCAGGUUCACUUCUUAGCGAGGCGAGUUUCCAUGGCAACGUACGCUGAACGGUUCCAGAUUGAACACACUGGGUAUAAAAACCCUGCCCACUGACCAAUGAGCUCUCUCGAAAAAUGGCUUGUCCUAGACCUCGGUGCUCGCAUUGUCCAAGGAGCACUUGGGCGCGAGAGUUUUCAGGGACCACACGGACCCACUUACUUUUCCGAAUGACCACCUUUAAGAAAGGCUCAUAUGACCUACAUAUCACACAAAACAUGUAAACACCAUAGGAAUGAACAAAUGAAUGAAAUUAUCUUGGAAAUGAAUUAGACAUGUCUGGUGCAUGUUAAAAGCGCAUGUUGAACAGUGCUAUUUCAGGGUGAUAAUGGCAUCAAAGAUUUUUUGCGCACUAUACUUAUGCAUUGAGACUGUCUGCAAUUUUCUGCCAGCAUUCCUUCCGUGCUUUUGCAGCGGCGACGGUGUUACUUUUGAGGUUUAUGAUAGAUUUGAAUUCUUCAUACUUUCUCAUGAUCGUCUCCUGCUCCUUGUUUGUAAAAUACGCGGUUCUUCGCUCUCCGGCCUGGUCCAUGUUCGCGAUUGGUCAGAUGUGGCGGGCUCCGCCUUGCAUGCGUGCAUGUGCUCAUAGCAAAGCUGGAUCCACUUACGAGUUUGAUAACCAGUGUCGUAAGACCGUUUAGUGAGACCGCUGGCUACCGCGCUAAGUUAAGCAAGGUAGCUCCAAGGCUACUUCGCUAAGUCGAACUUCCUUCGUAGAAUAGGCCCCUGGUCUGUCUGGAAACUCCAAUGAAAGUUUUUGACCCUGAUGAAAGGGUUGCUGCUGGUUAAAAAUCUGUAUAUUUCUAUUUAUGAACAGCUGUAUUUCUGUGAGGAUCAUUCUGAUGAUGCCUAAAAUAGCGACCAAAGCAUGACAAUUUUCAUUAGGCUUCUCUGUGUUAUUACUUUUUUUUCGGGGGGGGGGGGGUCUUUAAGUUAAGGCAGCCCCAAUAAUAAGACAUGAUGAGGUCAUUUCACAAAUCCCCGAUCAACAGAGAUAAUUAGGAAAAAGGUCAGUGCAUAUAAAGUUAAAAAACAUAUUUUAUGGUCUUUCAGCUAACAUCAGAACACAGCUAACAUUGGCUUUCAGCCACUUUCUAGCAAACUGUUUUAAAUCACAGGUAUGAUGGAAAAGUGAAAACUUAACAUAAGCAAAAUUAUAAUUUUAUAAAUGAAUGCAUUUGAAACGCUAACAUUAAUGCUACUACCACUUAAAUGAGGUUAGCCAGGCAAUGGAAAGACGGUGUUGUAAAAUUGGCGACUGUCGGCCUGUUACUAUGACAUUACACCUGUAGUCAUACAGCCAUCUUAGGGAAUAUGAUCAUUCAUAGAUAUGAAUUGUAGAUACGCCAUGCCCUUUCGAGCUGUGACAAAAAAUAAAUGUUCUAAUCAUUAUAUGAUAUCCAUGACUGCUACAGCCUGCUAGAGUAUCAAGUCCUCUUUAUACAGUAUAUCUGUGUGAGCAUCAUUCUGGUGAGAAGUCUGAUUUAUGAAUCAAGAAACAGGAGAAUGCCAACAUUCAGAGAAAAGGCUUUAAAGUAGAACAGCGACUAGGUUGAUGGAAAAAAAAAACAGACCUUAAACACUGAGUUGUAGCUAAAAUGUAAAACAGACCCCAACUUUAAUAUUAUCAUACACUAAGUAUUCAUCCUUUAAAUAAUCAUUUUGUUGGCUCAGACAAACUGUGAGGACAGAAAGUCUUUAGUGUGGGUCACAGUGGAGACUGUACCUCCUGUUGUUCGUCAAAUCAAUAAGGUUACCUAAAGUGUUGUUGUGUUGUUGUUUAAUUGUUGUUUUUAGCCUCUGUGAGGCACUUUGAAAUACACCUUUUUGUCUGAAAAUUUCCAUACAAAUGAAGUUGAAUUUGAAUUUGAAAGCUAGACUUUUUAUGAAAAGAUUUACUGAAUUCUCCUCUCCUACUGUGUAAACAGCCUCAUAAUGUUCUAAUAAGCACCACUUUGUCUCCCUGUUCUCUCAGAGGAGGACACUGCUGACCCUAGAAGAUGAAGACGAGCAGGGGAGACAUAAGAUAGUUGAAGGCUUGAAGACAGCACUGAGGACUCAGCCAAUGAGGUCAAUUUCCUCUCCAACACAUGGUAUCUUUGUUAAGGUAGACUAACUCUGACCUGCUGCUCUUGCCUGGUUUCCUGUAGGUUUGUGACACGGUUCAUUGAGCUGGACGGUCUCUCUUGCAUCCUGAACUUCCUGAGGACAAUGGACUAUGAGACAUCUGAGUCUCAGGUCCACACGUCACUGAUUGGCUGCAUCAAAGCUCUGAUGAACAACUCUCAGGGCAGAGCUCAUGUGCUGGGACACUGUGAGAGUAUUAACAUCAUCGCACAGAGUCUGGCCACAGAGAACAUCAAGACAAAGGUGCACAAGGAACACUAAAACACCCCUGAACUGUUACAUCUGAAGUUUGUUAAAGAGAGGGAGUAAAUACACACAAGAACAUCAAGGAACGACCCACUCUCUGCCAGCACUGUCAAUCAGCUCUUCUGUCUGAUUUGAAUCCCUGAGACAUUUCUCCUACUGAUUUCUCCCUCUUCAGAUCGCAGUGUUGGAGAUCCUCGGUGCUGUGUGUUUGGUUCCUGGAGGUCACAAGAAAGUCCUGGAGGCGAUGCUGCACUACCAGAAGUUUGCAGCAGAGAGAACUCGCUUUCAGGUCAGCUCCAGGUUUUUAUGUCUGCAAACUUAGAAAGAUUAAAUAAGAUUGAAUAUAAAUAACACAGAAAGUCCAUGAAUGUCAAAAGCAAUAAAAUUCAAAAGAAAGCCUGAAAAUCUGAGAACAUGUUGCAUACAACACAUAAACAAAACCCACAGUUCAGGUGCUCUUGAAAAAAGUGUCAAAGGCCUGAGGUUUGUCUUUGAGUGCUCUGACUGAAGUCCUGCGAAAGUUCAAAAGUUUUCAUUGGUUCAGGGCAGAUCCCAUAACAAUGUUUCAUAUAUAAUAAUAUAAAGGUAAAUAUUUUCUGUCCAUUGUGCAGACUCUGGUGACAGAUUUGGACAGAUCAACCGGUCGCUACAGAGAUGAAGUGAAUCUGAAGACGGCAAUCAUGUCCUUCAUCAAUGCUGUGCUAAGCAAAGGAGCAGGAGAGGCGAGUCCAUCUUUUCUUCUCUGAAGUUUUGGCUUUUACCUGGUUAAUUUUAACAGGUUUUAUUUCUAUAUUACAGCUUUUCCUCUAUGCUUAACCUGACAGGGUCACGUUUGUGUUUUCAGACCAGUCUAGAGUUCAGGACACAUCUGCGUUAUGAGUUUCUGAUGUUGGGCAUUCAGCCGGUGAUCGACAAACUACACUCUCAUGAAAACGCCACACUGGACCGGUACAUUAACAAACAUCAUUUCCUCAUGACAGAAAUUUUAAAAAAGGUGACUUGAACUUUUCUGUGUUCAGUUUCUUCAUCUAACUUUGUUGUUUGCAGACAUCUGGACUUCUUUGAGAUGUUGAGGAAUGAAGACGAGCUCCUGAUGUCCAAAAAGUUUGAUGCUGUGAGUCUUUAGACAAAUUUUAUACCUUAAUAUUUUUUUACACUUUUUAAAUGGGGUAGCUGGUUACACAUGGUCGUAGUUUCACAUAUUCAUAGAUCAUAGAAACUUUUGAGUUUAGUCUGGUAAACUGUUAAAGUUUGCUGCUGAGAAACUGGAACAAAGGCAGGGAAAUCCUUGGGACCAAAGUCACAAAAAGUUAUUGAUCGUGUCCCUUACAGAUUACUACCGCCCCAACAGCAUGAUUUCAUCUAUUAGUUGAAACCAUUGGAGGAAGUGCUGUAUGUUCUGGUGUCCCAUAAAACAAACAAACAGCAGCUUAUUUCUGUAACUUCACAUUUUGAUGCUAAACAGUGUUAAAAAUGUGUGAGACAUGACAGAUUUGUUUUUGUUUGAUUUUUCAGGUCCACGUAGAAACCAAGAGUGCAAGUCAGAUGUUUGAGCUGAUCCAAAAGAAGCUGAAGCACAGUGAAGCGUACCCUCACCUCCUGUCUGCCCUGCAACACUGUCUCAUGAUGCCCUGUAAGACUCUGAGCGCACCUCAGAACUGAACCUACCUGGUUUUGACUUUUCUGUGUGCAGGGGUGCACUCAGGAUGGUUGAGGGACACCAUAGAUUAUAAGAGCACCUGCUGUAUAACGCAGAAAACACAUGCAUGACAACCACACACAUAGUCAAAUGGGAACACCUAUUUGGCACUUUGUUGAUAUUUAAUCCUCUAAAGAAGAAACCAGGGGGCACCUUGUUUACAUCUCAUGUACUGCAAGAGCAAACAGAAGGCACUUUCUUUCCGCAAAACUACAGGAAGAGUGACUAGGGGCUACUUUGUUCAUAUUUGAUCCAAUAGAAAAGCAACCAUUGGUCAUCUUAUUUACUCUUUACACUCUCAGAGAAGGGUAUUAAGAGGGCACUUGUUUACAUUUUAUAUGCUAAAUGUAUUUAGGGGACAUUUCAUUUGUUAAAAAAGCAAACACAACAGACAGUUUAUCUGCUGGAAGGGUAAUCAGAGGACACUUAGUAUACAUGCAAUGCACUGAAAGGGCAGACCGAGGAGCACUUUGUUUACAUUUUAGUCACUAAAUGAGCAACCAGAGGGCAUGUUCUUCACAUUUGUAUGCAGAAAAUGAAGCAGAGGGUACUCUGUUUACAUUUUUUUUUAAAUGCAACCCUUCUCCUGGGCUCUUCUGACAUUUUAUCCAACAAAAGCACAGCCAGAGGUCACGUUGUUUGCAUUUCAUAUGUUUAACAUACAGUACCUCUGCAAAGUUUUUUUCUUACAUGAAUUUUGGGUGUGUUUGCAGACAAACAGAGCAGCACCACUCUUCAGUACUGGGUUCUGUUGGACCGGAUCAUCCAGCAGCUAGUUCUGCAGACAGAUAAAGGUGAAAACCCUGAUGUGGCCCCGUUGGAGGACUUCAAUGUGAAAAAUAUUGUCCGCAUGUGAGUUUCUGAAGUUUCUGACUCUGUGUUGCUUCAAUAAAAACUAAAUUUAAACUGCAGCACUGUGCUCUGUGGUACAAGAAAGUUCAUGAUUUAAAGCUCCUGUGAGGAACUUUUAGAUGACACUAGACCAUAAAUAUCUGCUGAUUUUGAGCCAUAAGUAUAUAAAAUGUAUGCAAAAAAAAGGUUUAUUUCAGUCCAGUAAAAUUCACUGCCUUGUGCUGCAGCAGCUUUAACAGUUACAGUAGCAGAGACAGUGGUAGAAAUGAAGCAGAUCCUAACUGUAAAUCUUUUGUCUCUUUUGUCCUCAGGCUGGUGAAAGAGAAUGAGGUGAAAAAAUGGAAAGAAGAAGCUGAUCAAAUGAGAAAAGGUAAUAUAUAUAUAUAUAUAUAUAUAUAUAUAUAUAUAUAUAUAUAUAUAUAUGUAUAUAUAUAUAUAUAUAUAUAUUUAUUUAUAUUGAUUGGGGGAUUUUUCUGCUUAAUAUAAUAUUUGGAAUUAAAAAUCAUUGCAGUGAGGAAACCUUUCAGGCCAGAAGGAAACCCAAACUCUGAUCCAGAUGGUUAUUUUGAUGGUUUACUUUUCAAAAAUAAAACUAAAGAGUUAUACAAGGAUUAUUUUACAGCUAGUUUAUCGAACUGGUGUAAAUAUGCAGCACAAGUAUUGUGUGUAAAAUAUAAUGUGUCUAUUUGAUAUAAGGGGUGCACAGAGGAACUAAAACUCUCUUUAAAUUAAGCAGGAUGCUGUCAAGAGCAUGUAGUAUUGGGGCAGUAUUGCCCCUUGUGGCUGAGGAAAGUAUUACAAUAACACGUUAAACCAGCUUAGCAAAAUUGAGUUAGAACUCAUCUAUAAUUUCUUACAUGUGACUCUGAAUUUUGAGGUUUCACUUUUUGAUUAAGUUAUUAUUUCUUUCUUGAUUUUAAGUCAAAACUUAAGAUAAUCCAGCCCUUUAGAGAAUAAAUCCCUUGUUUCCUCCCUCAUUUGCUUUGUUUAACCUCCAUGCUGCAGGUUAUGGCAUACGCCAACAUGCAGAAAGGAACAAAUGUUAAUGGUACCCUGCUCUGCUCCGUCACUAACCAGUCAUCACUCUGCAGCUAAGCCAUUUGUCUUUGUCCCACCAUUCCUCCUCUGCAGAGCAUCAGAACUUGCAGCAGCGUUUUGAGAAGAAGGAGAGAGAGUGUGAGGCCAAGAACAAGGAGAAAGAUGACAUGAUGGCGAUGCUGAGCAAAAUGAAGGACAAACUGGAGCGAGAGGGCAAAGACCUCAAGAGCGCAAAGCAACAAGUGACAGAGCUGUCGGCUCGCCUGCAGCAGCAGCUCAGCGCCGUACGUCGAACAGACUCACGUUCAUUCAUCUGUGUCAGUCAGAGUGAUCAUAAAUAUGAAUAGUCCUGUUUUUGCUCUUCUUCUCAGAGCUCAGGUGUUCCAGGUGGACCUCCUGUUCCUUCAGGUGGAUUAGUGCCAUCUGGUUCGAUCUCCUCCAUCAUUUCUCCUCCUCCUCCGCCUCCUCCUCCUCCCCCACCUCCUCCUCCAGGAGGCCCGCCAGCUUUCGGCAUGGCUCCAUUCGCUCCCCCUCUUCCUCCUGGAGCUCCUCUUGGAAAUGUGCAGAGGAAGAAUAUCCCUCGACCGUCAAAUCCUCUGAAGUCCUUCAACUGGAGCAAACUUCCUGAUGUAUGCUAAGACCUAUCAAAUUAUUUAACUCUUAUACAGAACUAACCCCCACUGUGCUGCUCAUACUGUAGAUCAGUAAUUUAAGAGGAAAUAAAUAAGAGCCACCAAUGAAAACAGAGCCCAGUGGAAAAAAAAAAAAUAAAAACCUGAUGCAAAGUUUGUUUUUUCAGAAAAAAGUCGAGGGAACCAUCUGGAGAGACAUCGAUGACCUGAAGGUGUUCAAGGUUCUGGAUCUGGAGGAGCUGCAGAGGAUUUUCUCAGCCUACCAGAAACCACAGGUGAAAAAUCACAGGUGAAAAAUCACACACACUCACACACACACACACACACACACACACACACACACACACACACACACACACCUGUUCCAUUUAUCUUUGUGUUUAAAGUGUCAUUUCACUUUUAAAAAAUUUAAUUCAAACCAACAGAAGGACACUGAAGAUGAUCACUCUGUCGCAAAGAAAGUCAAGGAGCUGUCAGUGAUCGACGGACGUCGAGCACAGAACUGUAACAUCCUGCUCUCACGGUCAGUGUGUGUGUGUGUGUGUGUGUGGCUAUGUGACUGUCCUGUGCUUACAUCAUUCACUUAUAACUACUGAGUUGACAAAAUUACAUCUUUAUUCCAGGCUGAAGCUGAGCAACGAUGAGAUCCGACAUGCGAUCCUGUCAAUGGAUGAACAGGAAGAUUUACCCAAAGACAUGCUGGAGCAGGUGAGAAAAUAAAAACUAGGGGUAUGAUGAUACACUCAGCUCAGGAGAAGGGUGGAGAUGUUAUAAACAAGAAUGAGGUGUUUGUUUGGGGAGCUGGAAUGAUGAAAUCCACAACUACAAAAACCUGUCUGUCUGUCAAACUAAAGUCAGAAAAACAAAAUAAAGCAAAUCCAUUUAGAUGUGUUUGAACCUGUCACUAUCUGGUUUGAAUGCCACGUCAAAUGAACCUUUAAAACUUUUCCACCUUUCAGCUGUUAGAUUUUAAGUUACAAUCUGAGAAACGAUAUGGAAACAUUUUUAAACCUCACCUGAUUCACAUCUCAUCUAUGUUUCAAACAUUCUCCAGAUUCCCUGAUAUGUAUGUAUUCUAAUAUUUGAUUCAUAAACAGAAACAUGGGCUGUUUCAAUGCACUUAUCGUAAUGACUGGAAUAUAGGUGCACUUAUUUUUUUCCUGCAGCUGGUUUGACUGACUGUGAAUGUGAACACGUGAAUAUGUGAUCAUGCACUAAUGAUAUUUGUGUGUUUAUGUUUGUGUGUGAAGCUGCUGAAGUUUGUCCCUGAGAAGAGUGACAUCGAGCUGUUAGAGGAACACAAACACGAGCUGGACCGGAUGGCCAAAGCAGAUCGUUUCCUCUAUGAUAUGAGCAGGUGUGCCAAAUUCUGACUCUCAUGGUUUGUAAAGCACUUUGUCAUGAUGGUUUGAUCAAGUGCAUGAAAAAUACCCUAUAUUUUUCUGCAUUAACAGAAUUAUCAUUACCUUGUAGCUUCAUCAAACAGGGAUUUAGGUUUUGUUUACUCUCUGUCUCUCUACCUCUGCAGAGAUGUUUUGCACCAUCAGUCCUCUCACAGUCUGUCUGUUUUCUGUCCUCCAGUAUUAACCACUACCAGCAGCGACUACAGUCCCUCUACUUCAAGAAGAAGUUUGCAGAGCGAGUGGCCGAGGUCAAACCCAAAAUUAAAGGUGAGGCUUUAUAUCCUAAAAAGUUCUAGAGAAACAGAGUUUAACUUCAUCUUAACUGAUGAUCUUUGUGUCUGGGGUCUCAGCUCUGAGUAUGGCGUCCAGGGAGGUGCUUCAGAGUCAGACCCUGCGUCAGCUCCUAGAGGUUGUCCUGGCCUUGGGAAACUUCAUGAACAAAGGACAGCGUGGAAACGCUUAUGGAUUUAAAGUGUCCAGUCUCAACAAGAUCGCAGACACCAAGUCCAGCACCGACAAGUGAGCACAGAUUUCUGCGUGGUUUCAGAGGAGUGUUUGUAGCAGAUCUUUGUCUGAGAAGCCAGAGAGAAGAGACAGUUUUAAAUUUGUGUGUGUGUGUGUGUGUGUGUGUGUGUGUGUGUGUGUGUGUGUGUGUGUGUGUGUGUGUGUGUGUGUGUGUGUGCGUGUGCGUGUGCGCGCGCGUGUGUGUGUGUUGUGUUUGCAGACACAUCACUCUGCUGCACUACAUGAUCACAGUGCUGGAGAAGAAGUAUCCGAGGGUGAUGUUAUUCAGCCAGGAGCUACAGAACGUGCCAGAAGCUGCUAAAGUCAAGUAAGAGCAGUCACACACUUUUGGUGCAAAUAAUCCAUGUUUGACAGAGGCGACAUAUACAAGCUGAAGUUUGAUUUGUUUCUCUCACCUCUCUAACUGAAAGGAUUGUUCUUUGGAUUUGAACCAAUCUGUCAGAGCUCAGUUGUUGCAGAUUCAAAUGUCAUUAUUUGACUAUGUAGAUGUUCAAAGGAGAAUACAAACUAACUUUGAGCUACUGGGGCAGCAGUAGCUCAAGAAGUAGAGUGUUUGUCCAAUAACUGGAAGGCUGGCUGUUCGAGUCCCCCCUAUCCUUUGCCUACCUUGCUCCCAGUGUGUGUCCUGAUUGUGAGUGAUGUUUGGUGGUGGUUGGAGAGGCUGUAGGCGCAAACUGGCAGCCAUGUUCUGUCAGUCUUCCCCAGGGCAGUUGUGACUACUAAGGCAGUUUACCACCACCAGGGUGUGAGGAAAUGAAUGAUGUAUCCAAUGUAAAGCGCUUUGAGGGUCCCUGAUAAAGCACUAUUUGAAAUCCGAUGCACUGUCAUUAUUAAUAUUUGAAAACCGGUUCAAGAUGAGCCACUUCUAACAAAUACAUCAUUUCCCUUUUCCUUUUGCAGGGCCCAUAUUGAAGCCCUGCACUUAGUCUCAUCCAUAAGAUAUUGACGUGACACAUGCCGAGACUUUGUCAGUGCAAACGACAAAAGAGUCUAGGAGUCCAAACUGCUGUUGUAUAUUGUUACAUGUUUAUCAUUAAAAUCAGUUUGAUUGAUGUUUAUGAAAUGUCUUAACUAGAUUCUAGCAGGAAAUAUCUGCUUCAGUCUCAAAACUCAGAAAUGGUCACAUACAAAUGUGAAACUGUAAAGCAUUUAUUUGGAGGCAGCAAAACCGACAGUUUUACCGUGCUCAGAAAAAGGUUCAAUGUUCUACCUGAAAACAAAAAGGGACAGAUUAUUAAAAAAGAUAUAAAGUGUAUUUGGAGAGGAGAUUAUAAUCCAUAAAUAUCCAUAAUCCAUUUGAAUAAAAAAAAUUAAAUUGUAAUCUUGACAGUAAUAUUACUGGUUGUCUUCCCAGUAUGACAGAAUUGGAGAAGGACAUCGGGAACCUGAGAUCUGGUCUGAAGAGUGUGGAGGAGGUAAGCGAGCUCAGUGAAAAUUUGAUCACUUUGACCUCUGAGGCAAAACGUGUGUCAGAUAUUUACUUAUUUCAAAAAAGCAGCAUCUUUAACCAUGUGUUUCUGUACGGUCUGCAGGAGCUGAAGUACCAGCAGGCUCAGUCCUCCACUGGGUCAGAUAAGUUUGUCCCUGUGGUCAGUCAGUUCAUCACCGUGGCGUCUUUUAGCUUCUCGGAGGUCGAGGAGUCACUCAGCGAGGCAAAAGAGGUGGUGAGUGGACAAAAAGUAACUUUGAUUUACUUUUAUUUCUGUUCUGGUUCAACUCCUUGUCAAAAGGUUAGGAAACUAAGGUGUCUGCAGAGUUGAUAUGCAGAGUGUGGCUAAGUCUAGCAGAGCGUGCACCACCAGUCUUCAGCUUAACGUCCGCAUGCAGCCAGUACAGCCCGUUUCACUGGGUCUACUGCAUGUAGACACCAUUGAUAAGAGAGAAUUAACUGACCAUUUAAACUCCUAAAACCGCUGUGUCUUCGGUUUCAGUUUGAGAAAACACUAAGACACUUUGGAGAAGUUUCCAACCUGCAGCCGGACGAGUUCUUCGGGAUCUUCGACAUGUUCCUUGCGGCAUUCUCCGAGGCCAAACAGGACAAUGAGAACAUGGCCCGACGCAAAGAGGAGGAGGAGAGACGGGCGCUCAUGGAGGCACAGGUCUUUAUCGGCUCGGAUAACUUCAGACUGAUGUUAUAAAAGAUAUUGAAAUUAAAAUGCUGACAAUAACCCGGGUACUCUUGUUCUGCAGCUGAAGAAAGACCGGGAGCAGAAGGCGAGGAAGGCCAGAGCAAAUGAAGAGGAGGGCGGAGAGUUCGAUGACCUAGUGUCUGCUCUGCGCUCUGGAGAGGUGUUUGAUAAAGAUCUGACCACAAUGAACCGCAGGAAACAGCGGAAACAUAACCUGUUUGACAGCGGCCGGGAGAGACCAGUAACUAAACUUGACCAGUAACAGGACACUGUGAAGCCUCACUGGGACUGUUAGCACUGCUGUAUAGAUGAAUACCUCAAUAACGCUGCACUAUCUUUCCUGAGAUGCCUACUGUUCAUUUUCCUCAUAUAACAUCUCAUCUGUGUUGUUAACUGGAGAGGACUCACAUCAGAAGUUAGCCAUGGCAGCAGCUUUACGAACACAAGCAAAACAGCAGAAAGAAAAUCUUCAUAUUUUCAAUAGGGAACCAAACAUGCACACUACAAUCACUGGGCACUCAUCCUUUAAUCAUUCAUUUUUAACAUGGAUGUCAAAACCUUUAACUGCCAUUAAACUUUGCAUUGCUUCGUUGUUAAUGUUUGUCUAGGACAGAUCACUGUUGAGGAAAUAUAACACUCAAACAGUCAUUACAGUGGAUUUUGCUCUGCCUGCUUUGGCUCUCAGUACUGACUGUUUUUCCUCUACACAAAACUACUGAUUUCUGAUUGGUGGAUCAUAGUCUACACCAUAGACUGUAUAUAGAAUGGAUGCCAUCUGCCUCCUUGCUGGGUGAAGCCACCAUGAGAACAGCACCCUCUGGUGACAGGAUGCAGUAUAGAUCAUAAAUCCCACCUCCUCCAGCAACCCCUAUUGAGCUGUGGACAAACUUUAGAAAUUUAUUACACAGAAUAUAAAUUUUUCUCCCCCCUGCUUGCGAUGUUGACAUGUAGUUACUGUAAGACUGCUAUGUGCUCAAGUUCUCUUUUUUCUGUUCAGCUCCAUUUUAAAAGUUAUUAGGGGGUUAAUCUUUUCUAUGAUUGACACUUGAUACAGCCCAUGGGCGUACGAAGAUUGCGAAGCUCACCCAGGGGAUACGCUGUUGAGUGUCAUCACAGCGACAUUCCCCCCCAAAUGCAUACAACACUACUGUGCAAGUAGUGGUUUCAGGAAGUGGAGAAAAUCCCGGAAAUACCAAGAGCAAUUCGGCUUCAAAUCCGUAUAAUGACUGAAGGCGGUACCAAGUUAUCCAUAGUAUAUACAGUCUAUGGUCUACACACAAAAACCAGAGCACUUCCCAGACUAAAACCCAGACCCCUGCCAACAUUUAAAAACAAAGCUCAACCACACAGACUUCACUCUGCACAUUAACAUGACUUUGUGUUUUAUUCCACAUUUAAAGAGCAGCCAACAGGACACACAGAUUUCCUUUGUAAAUUUAUCUUGCACUACGUACCUGCCUCCUCCCCCUCCACACCUGUCUGUCUGUCUGUGUGUGUGUGUGUGUGUGUGUGUGUGUGUGUGUGUGUGUGUGUGUGUGUGUUUUUCAACGUACGUGUAAAGCAUAAAGAGGACUUAUUGAUGUUUAAACCCGUUCUAACAGGCUGUUUGCACAGAAGAGAAAAACAGAAUAUUUAAGACUUUGAGUGAUUGAAAUAGUGGAGAGAUUCUGAAUGUGUUUGCUGUUUGUCUGAAUGGUACGUGUCCUGUUACAUAAAUGAAGGAUGGUAGACAUUCGAGCUGUCUGAAAGAGCACAUACAACCUUUAUCAGUGUAAAUGCGUCACCUACACUGUACACAUGUAACAACCUUCAACUUUAAAAUGUACCCUUUUGUGUAAUAUAACCACUGAGGCUCCUCAUAAAUACAUUUGGUUUUCCGUGAUUCA